AUGCCCGAGCAGCUCAGCGUCGCCGAGUUCCUGGCCGUCACAGCGGAGGACCUCAGCUCCCCGGCCGGGGCCGCCGCCUUUGCCGCCAAGAUGCCCCGGUGCCGCGGGGCGGCCCUGGCGCGGGAGGAGAUCCUGGAAGGAGACCAGGCCAUCUUGCAGAGAAUAAAGAAGGCUGUGCGGGCGAUCCACAGCUCCGGACUUGGCCACGUGGAGAAUGAGGAGCAGUACCGAGAGGCUGUAGAGUCCUUAGGCAACAGUCACUUGUCCCAAAACAGUCACGAGCUGUCCACUGGCUUCCUGAACUUGGCCGUGUUCACCCGCGAGGUGGCUGCACUUUUCAAGAACCUGGUUCAAAACCUGAACAACAUCGUCUCAUUCCCCCUGGACAGUCUACUGAAGGGGCAACUGAGGGACGGACGACAGGAUUCCAAAAAGCAGCUGGAGAAGGCGUGGAAGGACUAUGAAGCCAAAAUGGCCAGGCUGGAGAAGGAGAGAGACCGGGCCAGGGUGACAGGAGGGAGCCCCGGGGAGGUGGCCCAGGACACCCAGAGAGAGCGGCGCGUCUUCCAGCUGCACAUGUGUGAGUAUCUGCUGAGAGCCGGGGAGAGCCAGAUGAAGCAGGGUCCUGAUUUCCUGCAGAGCCUCAUCAAGUUCUUCCAUGCGCAGCACAACUUUUUCCAAGAUGGCUGGAAGGCUGCUCAGAGCCUGUCCCCCUUCAUCGAGAAGCUGGCAGCCUCUGUACAUGCGCUGCGUCAAGCCCAGGAGGAGGAGCUCCAGAAGCUGACCCGGCUCCGGGACUCCCUCCGAGGGACGCUGCAGCUCGAGAGCAGAGAGGAGAAUCUGAGCCGGAAGAACUCAGGAGGCGGAGGUGGCUACAGCAUCCAUCAGCACCAAGGCAACAAGCAGUUUGGGACAGAGAAGGUGGGCUUUCUCUACAAGAAGAGUGAUGGAAUUCGAAGAGUCUGGCAGAAAAGGAAGUGUGGAGUCAAGUAUGGCUGCCUGACCAUCUCCCACAGCACGAUAAACCGGCCCCCAGUGAAGCUGACCCUGCUAACGUGCCAAGUGAGGCCAAACCCUGAGGAGAAAAAGUGCUUUGACCUGGUGACCCACAACAGGACAUACCACUUCCAGGCAGAGGAUGAACAUGAGUGUGAGGCGUGGGUGUCAGUGCUACAGAACAGCAAGGAUGAGGCCUUGAGCAGUGCCUUCCUCGCCGAGCCCGGCGGUGGCGGUGGCCCAGGACCCUGGGGGGGUGCCGGGCUGGACGCAGAGCCCCAGGAUCUCACGAAGCUGCUCAUCGCCGAGGUGAAGAGCAGGCCCGGGAACGGCCAGUGCUGCGACUGCGGGGCUGCAGACCCCACGUGGCUCAGCACCAACCUGGGCGUGCUCACCUGCAUCCAGUGCUCCGGCGUCCACCGCGAGCUGGGCGUGCGCUUCUCGCGCAUGCAGUCCCUCACCUUGGACCUGCUGGGCCCCUCCGAGCUGUUGCUAGCCUUGAACAUCGGAAACACGCGCUUCAAUGAGGUCAUGGAGGCUCAGCUGCCCUCACAUGGCGGCCCUAAACCCUCAGCUGAGAGUGACAUGAGCACGCGCAGGGACUACAUCGUGGCCAAGUAUGUGGAACACAGGUUUGCCCGCCGGUCCACACCCGAGCCUCAGAAACUCCGGAUGGCCAUUUGCAACCGGGACCUCCUGUCGGUCCUGGAGGCCUUCGCUAACGGGCAGGACUUUGGACAGCUGCUGCCUGGGCCUGAGGGGCAGGCAUCUGGAGAGCUCGCCCUGCACUUGGCGAUCCGAGUCGCCAGCCCCGCCUCCUUGCCCCUGGUGGACUUCAUCAUCCAGAACGGAGGUCACCUGGAUGCCAAGGCUGCUGACGGGAAGAGCGCGCCACAUUGUGCUGCUCUCUACAACCAACCUGACUGCCUCAGGCUGCUGCUGAAAGGGAGAGCUUCGGUUGGCGCAGUGAACGAGGCAGGAGAGACAGCUCUGGACAUAGCCAGGAAGAAGCAGCACAAGGAGUGUGAGGAGCUGCUGGAGCAGGCCCAGGCUGGGACCCUCGCCUUCCCUCUGCACGUGGACUACAACUGGGGAAUCGCCACUGAGCCUGGCUCGGACAGUGAGGAGGACGAGGAAGAGAAGCGCUCCCCGCUGAAGCCCACAGCCCAGGCCCGCUGGGCCAGUGGGAGGGUCGACCUCAGCAACAAAACCUAUGAGAGCAUCACCAGCCUGGGAUCAGCUGCCCCUCAGAGCCAGAGUGACGCCUGCCCCCCACCCUUGCCGGUCAAAAACCCUUCCCGGACGGCGGUCCAAGGGCGUGCAGGACAUGCCAGUGGAGAUCGUUCUGAAGUCCCCAGCCUGAGCUCAGAGCCCUCCGGGGCCCCUGAGAGCCUGGGCAGUCCAGCCUCUACGCCUUCCAGCCUCACAAGCCCUGUGGAAGCUGUGAGUUCCAGCCAAACCCCAUCCAGCUCUGAGGAGGGCCCCUCCCGAUCCAGCCUGACAUCUGGAGCCACCCCUGCAGAGAUGUAUCCCCCGGUCAGGUUCAGCUCCGAGAGCACUCGCUCCUAUCGGCGGGGUGGGCUGGAGCCUGAAGACUGUCUCUCAGCCAGACAGCCUCUGCCCACAAGGAACAUGCCGGUUGGCUUCACUGAAGGAGAGGGCUCCAGGGCAGGUUCUCCUGGAAACUCUGUGCAGCUUUUGCAAGACUAGCUCCUUGCUGGCCCUUGCAUGCCUGAACUAGCCCCAUGUUGGACCCCAAUGUUCAGAGCUAGGACUUGAGCCCACAAGACUGGGGAACUGAGAUGUCCAUUCCCUUGGGUCUUGCUCUGUCUGCCUCUUGUACCUCUGUGGCUGGCCUUCCUCCCUACCGUGGGCCUUUGCCCCCUCCAAGGAUACAGGGCCCUUCCAUGUUAGGGCUGAUGGCGGUUCCUUCCCCUCUAUCCCGUCACCGCCCAGGGAGCCCUCUGGCUGGGUCUGAUACUUGUGAGCUAGCUUUAGCUGCAGAACCCUCAGUCUCUCAUCAGACCAGAAUAUGUUUCUCCCAUCAGUCUGGGGGCUCCAUAAGAGUAGGACCAGCCCA